AUGGAGCCGCGGAGGAGGUUGGGGUGCCUGGCCUCUUUCUUCUGGCUCCUUCUGGACUCCCUCUCCCUGACACAGACCCUGGAGGACCAUCACAUCGGGACCUUGUAUUUAACGGCCGUUCGUGGCGUUGACGGCUUCUUCGAGCUGACAGCCCUCAUCAUGCUGGAUGGGCAGAAGAUGGCAUCCUACAACAGCACACAUCGGGAGAUAGCUUUCGGUCAGAACUGGCUGUACCGGGUGUUGGACCCGAACCUGGUCCAGGAAAUGAAGUCAGAUCUGCAGAGCUCUGAGAGGGACUUCCACUGGGGCAUGGAGAACUGGGCCCAGUACCAGAACCACAGCUGGGGGACCCAAACAGUUCAGCUGAUCAUGGGAUGUGAGCUGGACAGAGGCGUCCAGGUGGUCUCUCGCUACAGGUUUGCCUACGAACGUGAGGAAGUGUUGUGGCUGGAUGAGCUGAAGGGGACCUGGAUGACCGCUGGACUCGCCAAAAUGCAGUUGGGGCAUUUCUGGGAGAAGAGGGCCUACUGGUUUCAGGAAGCAGAACGCUACAUCAGAGAAGAAUGUCCAUUUCUGAUGAGGAUGGUUUUGCCCUUCUGGCACCUCAGAGUGCCCACACCCCCGGAGGUGACCGUGACCCGCCGCUUCUUCCCCAGCUCCAUCCUGCUGCGCUGGGUGAAGGAUGGUGAGAUGGGGCUGUGGGGCGAUGAGAACUCCAGCGGGACACUUCCCAAUGCUGACUCCUCCUUCUAUUUGCGCCAGACUCUGGAAGUACGGGAAGAGGCCGGGGACACCGGCUACUCGUGUGUGGUGGAGCACAGCACCCUGGAAGGGCCCACCUCCUACCCAGCCCCAGAAAGACUGUCAUGGGCGAUGCCACGGGACCAGGUCCUGGGUGUUUUGGCAGCUGCUGUGCUAGUGCUGAUUCUGGCAGUGAGCAUAAUCGUGUGGAAGAAGAAGAAAAUCGUGUGGAAGAAGAAGAAAACAGAUUCAAGGGGACGGAACGCUGCUUCAGAGCAGGAGAUGACAUCCCGGAAUUGUCCUGAAGUGCAUCCUCCCGAGCCAGCCAAUCCCAAUGUCUUCCUCUCCCUGGAUCCUGGCGUGGGGGCAGAUUCCAAUCUGAGCACCUUUGCUCGCCCAGAGAGGUUCCUGCUUUGGAAGAUGAUGGCUUUAAUUGUUAAUUUGUCUCAAACAGAGAAUUUGUCUCAAACACAGCAGGUGAAUGGGAGGCUGCUCUAUGCCUGCUUCGGCCCAGACGGUUCCCAGAUAUAUGUGGAAGCAGCAACAGUUUGUCCUCCGCCGCCUAGACUGGGAGCCACUAUUGGGCUGCCCCUGGAUCUUCACCGAUUUUGCUGUGAUUGCCCGAGUCUACCUCAGUCGACCGUUGUAAAUGCUGAAUACAUGUCAGUGACAACCACCUGA